AUGGCCAAGUCGAAGAACUCGUCCCAGCACAACCAGUCGCGCAAGGCGCACCGGAACGGCAUCAAGAAGCCCAAGACCUCCAGAUACCCUUCGCUCAAGGGCACUGACCCCAAGUUCCGGAGAAACCACAGACAUGCUCUGCACGGCACUGCCCGCGCUCUGAAGGAGUUCCGGGAGGGCAAGCGGGAGUCGGCAUAA